CUUGGCGGGCGGCCGGGAGCAGGUCUCCCUCAUCAGCACCUCCUUCGUGCUGAAAGGGGACGCGUCUCACAACCAGGCGAUGGUGCACUGGACGGGCGAGAACAGCAGCGUGAUCCUGAUCCUUACCAAGUAUUAUCAUACUGACAUGGGGAAAGUUCUGGAGAGCUCUUUGUGGAGGUCUUCAGAUUUUGGGACAUUAUACACAAAGUUGAAUCUACAGCCUGGGAUUGCCACUGUUAUUGACAAUUUCUACAUUUGUUCCACCAACAAAAAGAAGAUAAUUCUUGUAAGUUCUUCCCAUAAUGACCGUGACCAAAGCCUUUUCAUAAGCACAGAUGAAGGAGCCACUUUCCAGAAACAACCCAUUGCUUUCUUUGUGGAAACUCUCCUUUUCCACCCAAAAGAAGAAGAUAAAGUACUUGCUUAUACCAAGGAAGGCAAGAUUUAUGUAUCUAUUGACUUGGGGAAAAAAUGGAAUCUUCUGCAGGAACGAGUUUCUAAAGAUCAUUUCUUUUGGGCUGUUGCUGGAGUUGACGGCGACCUUGAUUUAGUUCAUAUGGAAAUCCAGGACCCCAGUGGAGGUUAUCGCUAUAUCACUUGCCAGAUUCAAAAUUGUUCUGAUAAGACAAUGACAGUCCCAUUUGCUGGCAGCACUGAUCGGGAUUCCCUGACUGUGCAGGAUGACUACAUAUUUCUGCAGACAACAUCAGCAAACAGGACCAAGUAUUACGUGUCGUACCGUCGAAAUGGCUUCGUUCAGAUGAAGCUGCCAAAAUAUGCAUUGCCAAAAGACUUACAGAUAAUCAGCACAGAUGAAAACCAGGUAUUUGUGGCUGUACAGGAGUGGUACCAGACAGACACCUACAACCUGUACCAGUCUGACCCACAAGGUGUUUACUACUCCAUCUUGCUGGAGAACGUCCGGAGCACGAAGCAGCCAGAAGAGAAUGUCCUGAUAGAUAUUCUGGAGGUCAGAGGUGUAAAAGGAGUCUUUUUGGCCAACCAGAAAAUUGAUGGGAAAGUUACAACCCUGAUAACCUACAACAAAGGCCGUGACUGGGAUUUUCUAAACCCUCCAGACAUCGAUAUGAACGGCAAACCCACCAACUGCAAACCUCCUGAUUGUCACCUGCACCUGCAUCUGCGGUGGGCAGACAACCCCUAUGUGUCAGGGACAGUGCACACCAAGGACACUGCACCAGGGCUCAUCAUGGGGGCAGGUAACCUGGGGUCCCAGCUGGUUGAGUAUAAAGAAGAGAUGUACAUAACAUCUGACUGUGGCAACACGUGGCGUCAGGUCUUUGAAGAAGAGCACCACAUCUUGUACUUGGACCAUGGUGGAGUUAUUGUGGCUAUCAAAGACACCUCUAUUCCUCUGAAAAUACUCAAGUUCAGCAUAGAUGAAGGCCAGACCUGGAGCACACAUAAUUUUACCAGCACUUCUGUCUUUGUAGAUGGACUACUUAGUGAACCUGGAGAUGAGACACUGGUCAUGACAGUCUUUGGACAUAUCAGCUACCGUUCAGACUGGGAACUGGUGAAGGUGGACUUCAGACCAUCCUUCCCCAGGGAGUGCACUGAUGAAGACUAUGAGUCUUGGGAGCUCACAAAUCUGCAGGGUGAUCGUUGCAUCAUGGGCCAGCAGAGAAGCUUUCGGAAGAGGAAGAUUUCAUCUUGGUGCAUUAAAGGGAAAAGUUUCACAUCAGCUCUCACAUCCAAAGUCUGUGAAUGUGUGAACACUGAUUUCUUAUGUGAUUACGGGUUUGAGCGCUCUGCACCUCUGAAGCUGGAGUCCAGCAAAUGCUUUGCUGACUUUUGGUUUAACCCAGAAGCACCUCCUGAAGACUGUGUGUUGGGGCAGGCAUACACCAGCAGCACUGGGUACAGGAAAGUUGUUUCUAAUGUGUGUGAAGGUGGAGUAGACCUGCAGCAGAACUUAGCACACCAUAUGUGUCCAUUGAUUGCUCCCAAGGGACUUCAGAUCAGCAUCAGAGAAGAAAGUCUGGCUGUAAGGCCUGGGGAAGACAUCACCUUCAUUGUCCAACAAGAGCAGGGUGAUGUAUUGAGUACCAAAUACCAGGUAGAUCUUGGGGACGGCUUUAAGGCGAUAUACGUGAACCUGACGAUGACUGGAGAGCCCAUCCGUCACCGCUACGAGAAUCCCGGGAUUUACCGAGUCUCCGUCAAGGCUGAGAACGUGGCUGGGCAUGACGAGGCUGUGGUGUUCGUCCAAGUCAACUCCCCACUCCAGGCUUUAAAUUUAGAAGUGGUUCCAGUCAUUGGGAGAAACCAGGAGGUGAACCUCACAGCCAUCAUCCUGCCUAAGAACCCUAAUUUGACAGUUUUCUACUGGUGGAUAGGAAACAAUCUUCAGCCACUGCUUACAUUGGAGAAUUUUCUGGUGACAAAGUUUGCUGAGACAGGUGAUGUCAGAGUUACAGUGCAAGUUUCCUGUGGGAGCUCUAUGCUUCAGGACUCAAAAGUUGUCCAUGUUUUUGAUCAUUUCCAUGUUCUUCCUCUGAAGUUUACUAAGGACCUGGACAUGUACAACCCCGACAUACCAGAGUGGAGGGAAGACAUCGGGCGGGUGGUGACGCGACUCCUUGCGAAGGAGACCAGUAUACCUGAAGAAACACUCAUGACAGUUGUGAAACCUGGUCUGCCCACAGCUGCUGACUUGCACGUGCUACUACCAGCAAAUCAGCCAAAAAAGAAGAGAAGCAUAACAAGUGAUAAGAGAAUAGCAGCUAUAAAGCAGGCCCUGAAUGCACACAACAUCAGUUUCUUUCUGAGGGGAGGAUACUGGGUCUUAGUGACUUUAGCUGACUCCGCUUCAGACUCUCAGAGAAUUGGAGGAGGCAGUGGCUACUGGGCUAUUGUGGUUCUCUUUGUUGUUUGUCUAGUUGCUGUUGGGGCUUUCAUCCUCUACAAGUUCAAAAGGAAACUGCCAGGCAGAAAUGUCUACGCCCAGAUGCACAAUGAAAAAGAGCAGGAGAUGACAAGCCCUGUUAAUCACAGUGAGGACACCCAGAACAUCAUCCAGGGUGAGGAGUUUAUUGAUGAUGAUCUGGACUCUCAAACACUAGUGACUCCUUCUGGGAGAAGUGGCAACUUGAACAGCUACAGAGUUCCCUUAUUGCUGAUGCCGGUCAGUGUCCAGUCCCAGGCAAUCACUCAGGCGUGGUUUUGAGCAUCAACUCCAGAGAGAUGCACAGUUACCUGGUUAGCUGAUAUUUGCAGCUGAACGCAAAACCCGAAAGACUCUUCACUCUACCGUUUUAUUUUUCCCUGGUGAUGUCCCAAAAUUGCAAACAUGGCUGUAAAUGCUGAUGGAGAGGAGAUUUCUUAUCAGUCCUGUGGAAAAAGCAUCCAUCCUCAGUUACCAAGGGCGAAGGAUAACAUGUCUUGUGUUCACUCAAUGGCCUGGGAAC